AUGAUGGAGUUAAUAGGCAGACUUUCAGAAUUUACUGAAAUAGAUUCAUUAUUUGCAAUUACAAAUGAGCAAGCCUUAAAUUUCAAGGAAAAAGGUGAGUAUCGUUUUCUCAGCAUAGCACCUCUUCCAGAAAAAGAUGAAGAAAAGUGUUUUUGGGAGCAAAUAAUAUAUAAAGUGGCGCCUUUUAUUAAAUUCAAUAGAUUAAGCAAAGAGAAACCAUAUGCUUAUUUUGAAAAAAAUGAGGCAACUGCUUAUUAUUUGGCAGCAAUUUUUACUGAAAAUGAACAGAAAUGAAUUUAUUGCAAUUCCUGCAAUCAAUGGAUAAACAUCAGUAUAAAUCCAAAAAACAAAGAAAAAAUAAUAUUCAGUGAAGGAGCUGCAUAUUUUUAUAUAAAAAUAAAUAAAAAAGAUUUUGAAAAAGAUAAAGUUAGUAAGCAACUUUCGCUUGAAUGGGAAAGAAGGAAAUAUAAACAAAAAAAAUUGCCAGAGAUAUAUAAAUCCACAGAAAAAACCAAAAAAAUUGAAAUUGAAAAAUUGAAAAAUAUUGAAAUUCAGCAAAAAAUCCAAAAUAGCGAAGAUAUUAUAAAUAAUUAUCAGCUAGAGAGAUUGAAUAAUCAAGAAAUAACAAAUAAUCGAAAAGAAUUAAUGGCUGAAAAAGAUGAAAAUGGUGAAAAAAUGCAAAAAGAUAAUAGGAUUCAGCGAAAAUUACAAUGGAAAUUAAUAACUCUUAAAGAAUUGAUAUUUGAAAACGAAAUUCUAGAGAAAAGAUGCAUAAACUACGAAAACAAAGCUGAAUUACUAGAGAAAGAAAAUCAAACAUAUAAAGCUCAGAAUGAAGUCUUAAAUCAAGAAAAAGAAAUUUAUAAAGCUCAAAAUGAAUUUUUAAAUCAAGAAAACCAAACUUAUAAAGCUCAGAAUGAAGUCUUAAAUCAAGAAAAAGAAACUUAUAAAGCUCAAAAUGAAGUCUUAAAUCAAGAAAACCAAACUUAUAAAACUCAACUAAAAUCAUUAACUGAAGAAAUAAAAAAGCUAACUCCCCCCUCCGUGAGCGAACAAAAAAACUUGUUCGCUCAUGAGGGGUAAUUUAUUUUAAAAAAAAAUUAUAUAUAAAAUUUUAGAAAAUUUUAGUUUUUUGAAAUUUAAAAAAAUCCUAAUUCGCAAAAAUUAGAAAGCAAAUAUUAAUUUAAUUUGUAAAAUUUAUGUUUUAAAACGCAAUUUGUUUAAAAUUAAACAGAAUUAGCUAGAGAUUUCAUUAUAAUAAUUAUCACUUAUAUAUCAAAAUUUUUUCCCAUUAAAAAUUUUUCUAUUAAAAAAUUUUUGUUCUCUCAUACAACCAAAAAAUAAACGUUUUGUUUGCUCACGGAGGGGGCAGUAAGAGAAAAUAAGAUCCUAAAUUAUCCAUUAAUUUUUGACAGAAAAAAAGCAGGGAUUCCUAAUAUCGGGAAUACAUGCUAUCUUAAUUCACUCUUACAAGUGUUUGCAAGCAAUAAUGAAUUUUGUGAGAAAAUUCGACCACUAACAUAUGAAUUAUUCUCUACUUUGUCAUCACUAUUAGUGAGUAUUAGAGAUCCCACAACUAAUACAAUCUGAGAGUUCGUGAUGGCUUUUAAAAGUAGAUUUAAUGAUGAAUUUCCAUGGGUAAUCUUUAUAUAGCUUGGCGAUUUAACCCAGCAAGAUUCUAAAGAAGUGUUGCUAAUGCUAAUAGGGAGAUUAUCAGAUUUUACUAAUAUUGAACCUUUGUUUAUAAUUUCAUAUAAACAGAUAUAGCUUACGCCAAGUUUUGGAUCGGCCUUGAGUACCCCCCUCCCCAUGUCACCCACCCCCUAACGGUCCCAAAUAUUUUAAAAUACUAAAUAUUAAUUUGACAAGUUAAAAUAUUUGAGGGAGACUGUCAAAUAAUAUUUUAACAUUUAAAAUUUUCAGAACCGUCAGGGGCGGGUUACAUGGGGAGGGGGUACUUAAUGGCGAGCAACCACGAGGGUAUGCGAUAUUAAAUUGCCAUGAUUGCAAUUAUAAAGCAAAGGCGACUGAAACAAACACUUUUAUUACAGUUCCCAUUAACAAAUUCAGUUCUAUACAAGAAUUUAUAACGGAUAUAAAAAAGCCAAAAAAAUUCAUUGGUGAUGGAAGCCAAUUAUAUUGCGAAAAAUGCAAUAAGCAGCAAGAUAUGACGGUUGAAUAUGAAGAAAUUAUAUGGCCAUCUACAGUUACCUUUUAUUUAUCCUCAAAGAAUGGCAGAAUUAGAAUUAAUAAAGAAUUAGAUAUUGAAGGAACUAUUUAUAGAUGGUACGGAUUAAUAUGCCAUUAUGGGGAUUCAUGAUCUGGGCAUUAUUUGGCAUAUACAUGGGAUACUAACAAUUGGACUGAAUAUAAUGAUAGCAAGACAGCAAAUCGCUGCAGCCGCAGCAUUGAUGUGGCAAAUGGAUAUUUAGCCUUUUAUGCAAGGGCAGGAAAUCCCAAAUAA